AUGUCGGGAAGAAAGGAAAAAGUGGCAGUACCCAGAAAUCCGGUGAUCGUAGCGAGACAUCUCAAGGAAGCAAAAAAUAUUAUUUUUGAAAAUGGUCGAAUGAGUAAUGACGAUUUCACCAAUGAAUUUCAUUCUCUACCGUGCAAGAUUGAAUACGAUGGACCAGCAAAAGUAUCACAGUAUUUUGUUACGGAGGAAUUGGAAGAUAAUCAGAAAGUCGCAACAUUUAGAGGGCGCAUUCUGAAUGGAGUGCAGCAACAGUUUCCAGACGCCUACCGCUUGUAUAUUGCUGUAGAAAAAGAAGACAGAGUGUCUGAACUUGUUUCUUUUUCAUCGCGAAGAAAGGAACGUUCAGCUGCUGAAAAUCGUUUAAAAGUUGACAGUGGAAUUCAAGAAUUUGCAGAUAACAGUCGUGUUUUUGAAGUUAGUGGUUCAGCAGCGUCAUUUACGCGGUGGGAAUAUGAUCGUAGUAGCAGUUAUCAGUCACCUCUUGUUCGAGCAAUCGGCUACCUCAAUAUUGCGGAAACAUUUGCUAAGGAUGAUGAUUGA